AUGCCCAAUGUUGCGAGCCAGCUGAUAUACCUGGGUCGCUAUGCAGUAGGUGAAUCACAUCACCGGAAUGCACCACAUGGAUGGGAGAACGUCUGCUUUAUCGAGACACUUGGGCUCACCGAUGGCGUGGUCAACAAAAGUCGUCAAUCGCAAGCCUACAUCCUCACAAUGGAUGGAAAUUUGGUCGAGGCCAAGAACUUACUUCUGAUCAUGCUCAAGGAGACUGGAAAUGUGUCCUUACUGCCUCAAUUUGACUUGGACAUUGAUAAAUGGUGCGGUGAAGCACAGGAUGUCCUGAAUGCUCACCGGGAGAGGCCGGAACCUAAUGAGCAAAAUUGGUGA